AGGGAUGCUAAGGAACCGGACUACUCCUCUGCAAGACUGCUGGGACUCAACAUGCUGGUUCAAGGUCUUUACGCCAAUACAACGGGUUUGAAGCCAGAACAGUGAGGUCAUAGCAAGGUUAUUACGAGGGCUUGACCUUAUCACAAAGUUGACCUCUGGUGGGAAAACUGUGGACCAGGAAAAACUUCCAGUGGAUGAGUAGAGUCCAUCCCGAUCAAUCAUCGGACAUUUGUGGAUUAGUGCAUCAAAGAAGUACCUGAAUUCUACGAUUAUUUAAAUACAGAAGGGUCUGACGGUAUUACAUAAGUUGUGUUUGUAGCAUAAAAUGAAGUUUGAGUAGCGUAACACUGGAUUUACAACAGGAUUAACUGAUAUAGAUCUGGGAUCUUAUUUGGAUUACAGAGACUUCAAUCAAUUAAAACUACAGCCAGGACCAGCACCAGGAAACCAAAAAGCACACCAAGGUUCUGGGCUGACCCAUCUUUGUACUGGUUCUUCAGACGGGUCAUCUGGACUACAUGUAGGACAGUAGUGGAAUUACAGACAUUUUACCAGGACAACAGAUUAGAGAACAAGCUAAAGACAAGUCGUUUCUGCUAGAAGAAGCUAGACACCUGACGACCAGGAUCAAACUCACGUUUACCCUCGUUGGACGAUGAACCUCAUGUAGCAGGAAAUCCACAAGACGUUUCAACGCUAUAGAACCAUUAUUCAGAAUGUCUCUGAGCAAGACCCUCGAGCUGGAGCACUUUGAGGAACGGGACAAGGUUCGCCGGGGACGCUCCACCCGGGCCAAGAGAGAUGAGUCUACAAGCAGCGCUGGUGGUGGGGGAUCUGGCCCCAGCUCCAGGGGCAGCAGCCUGGUUCCUAGCCCAGCCCACAGCGCCAACUGCAGCUAUUACCGGACCCGAACCCUGCAGGCGCUCACCUCGGAGAAAAGGGCCAAAAAGGUCAGGUUCUACCGCAACGGAGACCGGUACUUUAAGGGUCUGGUGUACGCCGUUUCCAGUGAUCGGUUUCGCUCCUACGAUGCGCUGCUGAUGGAGUUGACGCGCUCAUUGUCGGACAACCUGCAUUUGCCACAAGGCGUGCGCACAAUCUACACUAUAGACGGCAGCAAGAAGAUCACCAGUAUGGACGAGCUGGUGGAAGGUGAGUGCUACGUUUGUGCCUCUAAUGAGCCGUACAGAAAGGUCGACUACAACAAGAUCUCCGUCCCCAGCUGGAAGCCCGGAGCCGGGGCCGGCGUGGCGAGCUCCACCCGGUCCACCACGGUGUCCACUGGUGUGUCAGCGAGCGCCGUCGCCACCAGCACCAGAGAGCGCCCUGAGGGUCGAGAGGGGAGGGAGAGCAAAGACUUCAUCAAACCCAAGCUGGUGACGGUGAUCCGCAGCGGCGUGAAGCCCCGCAAGGCCGUGAGGAUCCUGCUGAACAAGAAGACAGCGCACUCCUUCGAACAAGUGCUGGCCGACAUCACCGAGGCCAUCAAGCUGGACUCCGGUGCCGUGAAGAGGUUGUACACGCUGGACGGAAAACAG